AUGAAGGUCAGCGCCGAUGCAGAGAGCGUGAGCCUGUGCGAGCAAGAUGCGCUGCUGUUCGAGCGCCAGGCCUCAGGGAGCUGGAAGCAAACGCUGGAGCUGACGGACGAGCUGCUUGAGGCUGUUGUGAUCUCAAACGAGAGCACCGUGAGCAGGAAGAAGCCGAAAAAGGCGGCAGCUGAGAGCGCAUUGAACAGGGGCAUGCAAGCCGGCAGCCGCGCGCGCGAGAUACUGCUCUCGGCAAGCCCAGCAACUGAGGAGAAGGCGCUGCUGGAGGAGUGCUGGUGGGAUAGCCAGGGAUACUCGAACUGCUCGUGCGAUCGUGGCCGGCUGGCCAGGGACGCUCCUUGCGUCCAUAAGUUGGUGCUCGCGGCCCUCGGCGCUCCGGGGUCGGAGCAGAGGGGCCUCCCCACGGCCAGAGAGUUGGGACGGGGAGCGGGGCUGGUCGAGCAGGUGGGGGCGGACUCCACGGGGCGCUUCUUUGCAGCAAGGAGCAGCCCCAGGGGGGUCAGUCCAGCGCACAAGAUGCUGCACCGGAACGUUGAGGGCGCCUGGUAUUGCCAGGGGAAGAGGGACGGCUGUCCGUCGCAGCACGACUGUAGCCACAUUCUCGCUGCGAACUUGGCCGUCCGAGCGGGGCAGGUCCAUUUUGCACAGGGGCUACUUCUUGGGCAGGAUGCCCUAAGUAGAGCGAGACAGUGGUUGGAGCGGUGGGACGGAGCGCUGCCGUUGCUGGGCGGGGGUGAGGGAGGGAGCGAGCUGAGCGUGAGUUCCGAAGGGGCCGGCGAGGAGGAGGUGCAUCUGAUGGGCCUCGUCUCCGGGCAGCGGCAUGAGCCGGCCGAAUGCGUUGGUGCGGACUGCUUCUGCCAAGAGCACCAGCAACUGAGCCGUCCACGUCAGCACCCCACGGGCUGGGCGUGA